UUGUAGCGGCCAUUGGAGGGUUGUGGAGCGCUCCUGCCCGAGCUGCGCCCUGCGUCUGUCGGAGUGGUAAGCGGUGCGGAGUUGCAAUGGCUCUUGCUUCAUCGCCCUUGAAAGUUUGCAUCGUUGGCUCAGGAAACUGGGGAUCUGCUGUAGCCAAAAUAAUAGGCAAUAAUGUAAAAGCAGUAAAGAAGUUUGCUCCCACUGUAAAAAUGUGGGUAUUUGAGGAAAAUGUUAAUGGAAGAAAACUGACUGAUAUCAUAAACAACGAUCAUGAGAAUGUAAAAUAUCUUCCUGGAUACAAGCUACCAGAAAAUGUGGUUGCCAUCCCAAACUUGAAUGAAGCUGUCCAAGAUGCUGACUUAUUGGUUUUUGUCAUUCCCCACCAGUUCAUUCAUAAAAUCUGUGAUGAGAUCACAGGGCAUGUAUCCAAGAAAGCUGUCGGCAUAACUCUCAUUAAGGGAAUAGACGAAGGCCCAGAGGGACUCAAACUCAUUUCUGACAUCAUCCGUGAGAAAAUGGGAAUAGACAUCAGUGUGCUGAUGGGGGCAAACAUAGCCAAUGAGGUCGCAGCAGAGAAGUUCUGUGAAACCACAAUAGGCUGUAAAAUUUGGGAGAAUGGCCUCCUCUUCAAAGAACUCCUUCAGACUCCAAACUUUCGAAUUACUGUGGUGGAUGAUGCAGAUACAGUUGAGCUUUGUGGUGCACUUAAGAACAUAGUGGCAGUGGGAGCUGGCUUUUGUGAUGGCCUUCGCUGCGGAGAUAAUACCAAAGCUGCUGUCAUUAGACUUGGACUAAUGGAAAUGAUUGCCUUUGCAAAAAUCUUCUGCAAGGGGCAGGUGUCCACUGCCACCUUCCUGGAGAGCUGUGGGGUUGCAGAUCUCAUCACCACGUGUUACGGCGGGCGCAACCGAAGAGUGGCCGAAGCAUUUGUGAGAACAGGAAAGACAAUUGAAGAGUUAGAGCAAGAAAUGCUGAAUGGGCAAAAACUCCAAGGACCCCAGACAUCCGCAGAAGUGUAUCGCAUCCUUAAGCAGAAAGGCUUGGUGGAAAAGUUCCCGCUUUUUGCUGCUGUCUAUCAAAUCUGCUAUGAAGGGAAACCUGUCCAAGACAUGAUUUCCUGUCUUCAGAGUCAUCCAGAGCAUAUAUAAAGCACGCUUUUUCCAUGGUCUCAACGGCUGCCUUUAUCCUAUUCACGUGUGCGUCUGAAUAGGAGUCUCACCAGAAGUUGCUCCAUUAAGCAGUCGCGGUAAAACUGAAUGUCUAUGGAAUUCUGUACUUGUCAUAAAACAGCACAGCUCCUACGUUUGUAAUUUUUUACUGAAUGAAGUCUAAAUGGUUUUCAGAUGCAGGACUUGCACUCUCCCAUUCUAAUGGCCCAGUGGGGCAGGGGAAGUCCGAUCUCCCAGCAUACAUUUUAAAAGCAGCUGAUUCCCUGCCCCUCACCCCACUGCCCAGGUUUAGAUCAGGGCUACAGUGGUGGUGGCGGUGGAGUUAAUCCUUUUACCCUCAUGCAGUUUUCCUGAGCUGCCAUUAGCAGCAGGAUAAAAAAGACAGGCAUCCAUAUCAGACUUGUCUUUUUUCCUCUAACCACUUGGGGGCAGGUUUCUACUCUCCCCCCCACACUACACACGCACAAAGCCCCAAUCAAAUUGGGAGCCCUCUGUUUACUUUUCAACUUAAGGUACAGUCCUAAGCGGAGUUAUACCCACCCAUUGAAUUCAAUGGACUUAGAAGGGCAUAACUCUGCUUAGGGCUACACUGGUGAUCACAGCUGUUCCACAUUUCAUCUAGUUAGAUCCUAAGUAUAUUUAUCUUGUGCAAUGGAAAAGGCUUGAUUGGUUUCAUUCUAGUGCUUCCUUUACAUGAAGGCCCUGAUCCAAGUUCCUUUUUUCACUUAUGGAGCUGAAUGUAGCCUGAAAACGCAUUUUGCUUUGGGGGCAUUUGCUGAAAUGCACUAGAGUACUGUAGGACAUGUUUAUCUUUUGAUCAGGUUUGCACAUUGCUGCCGGAAGCAUAAGAGCGCUUUAGUAUGGAAUCAGUCUGAUAGCACUUACUGGGAAAGAGGGCGGGCACUUGAACUUCUAAACAAAUUUUAACAGCUUUUUAGAAACAGAAGAAUCAAAUGGGGGUUAAUCUCUUUUUUUAAAGGGGUAUGCAGCAGAUAGUACAUUUUUUCUUAUUUUUAUCUUUUCUUUGGGUUUUUUUUGGAGGGGGAUGUUUUUCUUCCUCUCUUUCCUGUACCAUGGAAGAGUAAAUAUGAACACAGCGGUCACACACGCUCAGUAUGACUUUGGAUCAAGUGUGUAUGUGCACAAGUCAACCCUUAUCUUAGGUAAAUUCAGACAGACAGUUGAGUUGAUGGGGGGAGGGAUUCCAGUUGCUUGCACAAAUGCUGAUACAGCACUGGUAGAUGGUGAAAUGAUCGCAUGUUGCUACCUGGCUUUACGCACCUUUCCAAUGCACAUCCGGGAGGUGGUUUAAGUUGUGAUUUUUGCCACAAUUUUUUUCUUGCCAUAGUUAUUAUGCCCCAUUUGGUUUGGCUUCCCUUGCCAACCUCUGGCAUUCUGUUGGCCCUUUCUAAUAGAGAUCAUUUCCGCAGUUCUUGCUCCAAAACCCGUUCUGCAGGAAGAUCCCUAGAUGUUGUGGGUCUGUCUGCCAAUUGUACACAAAGCUCCAUCCUCAGUUCUGUUUUUGUGAUAUCCAGCAUUCCUAACAUUGCUGUGCUAUUUCACCAGCUACAGGAGUUGCACAUUAAGAAAUGAGUUAGGAAUUCCCAUGAGCAUAUGAUUGUAUCAUUCCUUGAACUAUGUUAAAUUAUAUUGGCAUUUAUUUCAGUGCCUGUUUAUGACGCUGUAUUAACUGAGCGCUCUACCUUUUUGAAAUCCCUUGACCAGUUCCCUCCUUGCUUCCAAAUGUUAGUAAUUUCUAGAAGCUCUUCAUAGUCUAUGAGGCCUUGGCUCCCUGAUGUCUUAAAACAAUGGAAGAUUGAUGGCCUGGUCUUGGAUUAGUGAAUUUGGGACAUCACUGAAUCGACUUACCCGGUUUAUGUGAGGUGAAAGACACCUCCACCUUUUGAAAAGCUAAUUUAUAAAGAGUCAAGCACAUUAUUUUGCAGCCCGGGAAGUAAUGCAGAUGUAUAAUGUACUAGAAGUUAAUUCUGUGCUCAGAAAGGAACUGAUUAUCUUUGGUAUACACUUCUAACCCUGGAGGGAUUUGGUUUGGUUAUUACCCUCUUUGUUGCUGACAGUUCAGAAUGCAAGUCCUCUGACUCGGGCAGCCCAUAAUGAAUUUUAUUGGCGGCCCAUCCUGCUUGAAGCUGACAGAAGAGUGCCUUGCAUAGGCUUGUUGUGGGUUGCAACAGCUGAGGUUCUCCUUAUUCAGUUGUUUAGGAAUAAGUGUUCCAAAUGCAUUUCUUGGCUUGGGUAGACUUGGGAAUGAGGGGCUGCUUCACAUGUAUGUAAAGGGUUUUUUCCCUAAGCAGAGUAUGCUAAAGAAAAUGGAAACAGGGAGAUCUCAUGUGGUAGUUGCAUUGCAUGCAUUUGCCAUUUAUGUGUCUUGUUUCCUCACCCCCCCACCCCAAAACUCAUUUCUGUGUAGGAAAAACAUUGCAUGAAGCAGACCUUAGAAAUGGCAGAUGGAGAGUUACUUUAUCAUUGCAGUAGGAUUUGAAAAACUUCGAACAAAUUAUAGUGCUCUACAUAAUUGAGGAAUGUGAAUAUGCAGAGGUUUUCCAUAUUCUCUUCGUUCCCCUAUUGUAUUAAGAAGAUGGACGAGAUGAGACUGCCUCAAGAGUAAUGUGAUAGUGUAAGAACUGGAUGACUGAAGGAUAUAUAUCUGAGAAUUAGCUGAUCCAGCUAUAUGUCAGGCAACUUGAGAAGGGAAAGCACACACUCCUCUUUGUGGUACCGAUGUAUGUGAAACAUUUAUCCAUCUUUUAUUUAACCAUCUCAUUUAAUGAUGGCUUUGCCUUUUAUUUGUAACAUAACAAUAUGUAUUAACAAUCUGUGGUUUGUGUAAUAGGUAAAGGGCUAUGUAAGCUGAAUGUGAUGAAUUAAGCGUACUGUUGAAUCACUUAAUAAAAUAAAGACUUGAUUUUCUAUAUU